AUAUAACUGCAACUUCCCUCAAACUUUAUGGGCUUAAAAUGCAAUUUACUUAGUCAAACUUUUGUCAACAUAUUAUAUUCUGUUUAGAGCUCACUGUUCAGGCUUGAGAGCGGAGAUUCCCGGAGAAAAUGGCAACGCCGGCGAGCGAGGUGCCGAGGAUCAAGCUAGGCUCACAAGGCUUAGAAGUCUCUAGAAUCGGGCUGGGCUGUAGGGGUAUGUCACCCAAUCAUGGCCCGCCCAAGCCCGAACCCGAAAUGAUCAAGCUUAUCCAACACGCCAUUGAUAACGGCGUCACCUUUCUCGACACCUCCGAUCAAUAUGGACCCCACACCAAUGAACUUCUCAUCGGCAAGGCAAUCAAAGGAAUGAGAGAAAGAGUACAAAUAGCUUCCAAGUUUGGCAUAAGUUUCAAAGAUGGGAAAAUGGACAUUUGUGGUGAACCAGAAUAUGUAAGAGCUUGUUGUGAAGCUAGCUUGAAGCGACUGGACAUCGACUGCAUUGAUCUUUAUUAUGUUCAUCGCAUUGAUAUCCGAGUGCCUAUUGAAAUGACGAUAGGAGAACUGAAGAAACUGGUUGAAGAGGGUAAAAUCAAAUAUAUAGGUCUGUCUGAGGCUUGUGCAGCAACAAUUAGAAGGGCGCAUGCAGUGCAUCCAAUAACAGCUGUUCAGUUGGAGUGGUCUUUGUGGACCAGAGAUCUGGAGGAAGAAAUAGUCCCUACUUGCAUAGAAUUAGGAAUCGGGAUUGUCCCAUAUAGUCCUCUUGGACGAGGAUUCUUCUCAGCAGGUCCACAGUUGAUUGAGAGCUUGGCCGACGGCGACUUCCGCAAGAAUAUACCAAGGUUCAAGCCUGAGAAUUUUGAGCACAACAAGCAAAUAUUCGAGCAACUCAAGAAAAUAGCAUCAAGAAAAAGAUGCACCACAUCACAACUUGCAUUGGCUUGGGUUCUUCACAAAGGAGAUGACAUAUGCCCCAUACCUGGUACCACCAAGAUUGAGAACCUCAAUGAAAAUAUUGAAGCCGUAUCUGUAAAACUAACAGCAGAUGAGAUAGCAGAGCUGGAGUCCUGUGCUUAUGCUGAUAUGGUCAAAGGCGAAAGGCAUGCGUUCAUGUGGGGAACUUGGAUAAAUUCUGAGACUCCACCAUUGUCCUCCUGGAAAGCUGAAUAAUAAUGUUUGACGCGCAAUGGUGGAUGGAGCAUAGUUCAUUGAGUCCAAUAUAACCAAGUAUUUGCACAAAAAGUAUAUAUAUAUAUGUGUGUGUGAAAAUUUACUAAAAUUUCAGCAAAUAUGAAAUUCCGAUGCCGUAAUUUAGAAGGGGAGUCUUGGAGCAACUGUCAAGUUAUCUCGGUGUGACGUAUAGAUCGUGGGUUCGAACCGUGGAAUCACAUUUUCAAUGUACUUAUGUACUUUGCAAGAGACUGACUGAAAAUUUCAAAGCUGAGGUUUUUUUUAGCAAUUCCUUUGUGUGCA